CUGCGACCGACGACAACAACAUAAACAACAACAACAUCGCCAAGUGAUUUUUUUUUUUUGGCCAACUCUCCGAGAUUCAAGAUACGAAAGAGACGAAAACGGAGUUUGACGGAUUGCGGAAGAGCGGCCUGACCACCAGACGCGGAAGUAGUAAUCAAAACACAACUCGCCACCAGCCAUGGCCGCGGUGCUGCCGGAGAACGCGGCCGAAAUUGCGGUGGCCAACGCAAUCAAUAACAUCAACGGGAAUAAUGCAAAUGGAAAUGGACGCAAUCGGGUGCUGGCGGGCGGUGGCGGCGUCGGCGGUGGUGGCGGAUUAGGGGGUGGCGGACAGAACAACAUGAUGAACAUGCGGGACCGCCUGUUUCACGCCAUUUACUUUCGGGCGGCGGCUGCCUACGCGGAGCUGGUUCCACGGAAGGUGCAGCUGACCAUCGAGUUCCUGCUUCUGGCCAAGGCGCUACUGUUCUUCUUCACCCUCAUUUACGUACACAAUGCGUUUAUCAAGAACCCUUGCACUUGUCUGCAGGAGGUGCAGAACUGGCCGCGAGAGGGGGUCAUCAGAGUGGAGAUUAUACCACAUCUGGCGGAGAAGCGGGCCAUUUGGCAGGGCAUCAAGCGGGACCAGCACAUUGUGCGCUCCUUAAAGGACUCCUACUACUAUGGCAUAGGCCCACAAACCCACGAGAAUCACAAGCAGCUGAAGCGUUAUGAAUCGAUCCUGGGCAGACUGGGCCUACCCGUUCGCCCCACAUUUGCCUACAGCAACGAAUCGCUGUACUACUACUUUGAUGCCAUCAAUAUACUGGACACCUAUGAUCAUCCCAAUGCCAUACAGCUCAAGAACGAAGAAGAUGAUGAAGAGCAGUACAUUGUGGAGUACUCGCUGGAGUACGGCCAUCUGCGCCUGUCUGCUGCCACGAGAAAGCGCCUGCAGAUCCCAGUGCUCACUGUCCAACUGGAUCCCAAUACGAACAAGUGUUUCGGUGACGGGCUGACGCGCUAUCUGCUGAAGCGAUUGCUCGGUUAUGAUGACUUGCUGAUGGCCUCGGUGAGAGCAAUAGCCGAGAAGGAGGAAAACAAGGGUUAUUUGCGCAAUGUGAUCACCGGCGAGCACUAUCGAUUCGUGUCGAUGUGGUGGGCAGCUUGGAGCAGUUACCCCGUUGCCUUUUGUGUGAUGCUUCUGUUUACCUUUUCGGUAUCUAUGCUGCUUCGUUAUUCGCAUCACCAGAUCUUUGUCUUCAUAGUGGACUUGCUGCAAAUGCUGGAGUACAAUGUGUCCGCCCGGUUCCCUAUAGCUCCUUUGCUUACCGUCAUUCUGGCGCUCGUAGGAAUGGAGGCCAUUAUGUCUGAAUUCUUCAACGACACCACGACGGCCUUCUACAUCAUACUGAUUGUGUGGAUAGCGGAUCAAUACGAUGCCAUAUGUUGCCACACGAGCAUCACCAAGCGUCAUUGGCUCAGGUUCUUCUACCUGUACCACUUCGCGUUCUAUGCGUAUCACUACCGCUUCAGUGGACAGUACAGGACGCUGGCCCUGCUCUCCUCGUACCUCUUCACCCAGCACUCGAUAGUGUUCUUCUUUCAUCGCUACGAGCUGCCAGCCAUCAUGGCCCAGCACCAGGUCUUCAUCAUCACACGCAACCAGGGGGCAGCAGCAGCAGCAGCGGCCGCAGCAGCAGCACGGGGUGGAGUGGCGCCAGGACCGGGUGGAGCAGCAGCCCAGGGGGACCCAGGAGCGGAAGCAGGAGCACCCGUCGUUGGCCAGCAGGCGGCCAUGCAACGUGCCCGCCACAUCGUGACCCGACUCUUCGUCCAACUGGCUGCACAGCGUCGGCAGCAGCGAUUGCAACAGCAACAGCAACAGCAGCAGCAGCAGCCGGAGCCACAGCGGGCACCUGGACCCACUUACGCCGUCGGCGUGGCCUUGGCUAACCUUAGACGACUACCCGUGGUGGGACAGUGGCUGCAGGGCCGCGAGCAAUUCGCCACCGUGCGUCGCGUCUUCCUGGGACACGGCGGCAACGGGCGUCUGAUGCAAGUUCACCUGCAGCGCAUCAACGUGGCCGACAUGCAAGAUAUCCAGGGCUUGCGCAAUCAAAUAACUGCAGCCAUUGCGGCAGCAGGAACCCGAGGAGUACCACCAGGAGCAGGCCAGCGGGCAGAGGGUACGUCUGAUGAACCGAGCGUUGCCACCGGCGAUGCCACAACAGCAGCAGCCGGAGCAGCAGCAGGAUCAUCGCCAGUAGCUGGAAUUGCAGCAGCAGGAGCAGCAGAUGUCGAAACAAAUCAGGGACGCAAGCAGCCGACAACAGGAGGAGCAGCACCGGGCAUAAAUGAUGCAGCAGCAGGCGAAGCAGCAAGGGGAGCGGAAGCAGCUCAGGACAAGCCCGGUCGGGAGCUGGAGAUGGAGACGGAGAUGGAGCUAGAGCUCAAGGUGGAGCCAAAGAAGGAGCUCCAGCCGCCGGAUGGGGAAAGCGAGGCUGGCGUGUCCAAGACGCUGGAAAAUCUAAAUUCCGUUGCGGCGGAUAUUAUAAAUAUGUCGGAUAAAACUACGGGUGCACCAGCAGGGGCAGUGGCCCCCCAUCAGACCCUGAUCCACACCCACGCCGAUGUCCAUGUCCAUCAUGGCCAGCCAAAGGCGAGGCAAUUAGAAAAUAAUUUGCCAGAGUUGCUGAAAGCAUCAUCAGGUGAAAAGCAAAGCUGCCCACUGCCACAGCCAGCGCACAGCAUUAUUAUGAAUGACCAGCAGCAGCAGCAGCGGCAGCAGAAAAACAAACAGGACGAGGCCGAGGACGAGGACGAGAACGCGACAGCGGCAACAACAUCAGCAGCUGCCAUGUCAAAACAAUCCUCGAAGCCCGGAGCAGCAGAGGUAGGAGCAAUAGCUACUGCUACAGCCGGGCCAAUGAUGGAUGACAGGCAAACAGUUGAUUUUAUAGAAGGCGACAGCCCAACGUCGGCAGUAAAUUGCCAACUCAAUGUUGGCACAAACCACAAGGCCCAGGAGCAGGGGCAGCAGCAACAGGAGCAGCAGCUAAUGAAAACUUCACAACAUACAUCAAGCCAAGUGACAACAGCAGCAGCAGCAGCAGCAACAGCAACAGCAGCAGCAACACUAGCACCAGCAGCAGCAGCAGCAGCAAAAACGGCAACAGAAUAAGCCAGGCAUUAGUGGCAAGGCUCCCGACCCGAAAAAAAAGAGAAAAAUACCAAUCCAAAACCCAAACCCAGCACCCAUGGAAUCCCGAAAAAAAGCAAGCAAAAAGCCACAAAGCAAGAUGUUAUACAUAAAGGAGCUAGUAAAUUUUUAGAUAAUUUGUCUGGUGUACUUAUGUCCGGAGAUCAGCUACAGCUCGACGCACCGCCCAGGUCAGAAUGUGUGUGUGUUUGUGGAUGGAUGGAUGGAUGGGAUUGGGGGAAUGCAUGGACGAAUGGAUGGAUGGAUGGAUGUAUGGAUGGGCGAUGAGGGGCGACGUGUGAUGAGAACGUGCUGUGAGCUCGGACUGAAUCGAGAAACGAGGAGACGUGAAAGAGCGUAGUUGACCUGCUUGCACUAGCAGGCAAAGUCAGGAUAUAUAUUAAUAAUAAUAAUGUUGCUCGCCUUUUUAAUUAGCCAAAUACGUGAGAAGCCGCAACACAUGUACGGAUACGGAUACACAAACAUGCACACCGCAAGCUAGUCGCUUUUUAAACUUAACUUCACUUUUUUUUGCCUACCAUAUUUUGUUUGCCUUUCGGUUUUUGUUUUCCU